ACCUCCAGACCGGGCAGGGCGGUGCUUGGAGCAGGGAGGGGUCCCAGUACGGAGCAGGAUGGUUCUUGGCGCGGCGGGGCAUCCCGGUACCGGCCAUGGAGGUGCAGUCGUACUACACCAAACUGCUGGGGGAGCUGAACGAGCAGCGCAAGCGGGAUUUCUUCUGCGACUGCAGCAUCAUCGUGGAGGGCAGGAUCUUCAAAGCCCACAAGAACAUCCUGUUCGCCAACAGCGGCUACUUCCGAGCGCUGCUCAUCCACUACAUCCAGGACAGCGGCCGCCACAGCACGGCCUCGCUGGACAUCGUCACCUCCGAGGCUUUCUCCAUCAUCCUGGAUUUCCUCUACUCCGGGAAGCUGGAUCUGUGCGGGGAGAACGUGAUCGAGGUGAUGUCGGCCGCCAGCUACCUGCAGAUGACCGACGUGGUCAACUUCUGCAAAACGUACAUCAGGUCCUCCUUGGACAUCUGCAGGAAGAUCGAGAGGGAAGCGGCUUUCUACCAGGCUGACAGCGGGAGCUCAGCCAGGGAGGGCACCUCCCUCGGCCCCAAGAGCUCCGCCCCCGCGUCCUGCCUGCAGGAGAAGGAGAGGAUUCCACAAUGCCAGCGGGAGCCUCCCUGCGAGGACUGCAGCACCCUGGAGCUGGUGGUCAGGGACCCCCUGAGCAGUGACUGCCCCGAUGACCCCUCGCUGCCCAAAGGGGUGGAACCCAAAGUGGAGUUCGACCCCGACGAGGUGGAGGUGGAGGUGGGCGAGCGGCUGCCGCAGUUCCCCGCGCCGCUGUCCCUGGAGCAGAUGGAAGAGGGGCAGCCCGUGGAGCUGGCCUGCAAUAAUUACCACAUGAAGCAGUUCCUGGAGGCUCUGCUGCGCAACAGCUCGGCUCAGAGGAAGGAGGACGUGGUGCAUCACUUUGUCCGGGGAUUUGAGGGUAGGGCUGAGGAUGCAGGAGUCGCCGUGAGUUCCAUGAUGGACAUUCACAGCGACUGGUAUGGUGAGGACACAGGUGACGUGCUGGUGGUGCCCAUCAAGCUGCACAAGUGCCCCUUCUGCCCCUACACGGCCAAGCAGAAGGGGAUCCUCAAACGCCACAUCCGCUCCCACACCGGGGAGAGGCCCUAUCCCUGCGAGACCUGCGGGAAGCGCUUCACCCGCCAGGAGCACCUGCGGAGCCACGCGCUCAGCGUCCAUCGCUCCAACAAGCCCAUCAUCUGCAAGGGCUGCAGGAGAACCUUCACCAACAGCCUGUCCCAGGGGCUGCGGCGCUUCGGGCUCUGCGACAGCUGCACCUGUGUCACCACCACCCACGAGGACUCCAUGCCCAUCAACCUCAGCCUCAUGGAAACAGCCUCAGAAGGCCAGGAAAAAGGGGAUGCUGACAACGAUUGGCCCAUCUACGUGGAGUCUGGUGAGGAAAAUGAGGCAGCUGAUGAUGAUGAUGAUGGCGAUGACAAGCAGGAAAUCCACCGGAGUUUGUCAGACAGAGAAACUCUGAUGUAGCAGUGAGAGGAGAGGGGGAGCACUGAGAGGUUCCCCAGCAGUGUCUGGGACAGAGAACUGCACAUCUGCCCACUCACAGUGACACUGUGCUGGUUUUUAUUGUUCUGGUUUUUAAUUCAACAGCGGGGAGAAUUGGAAUUUUUAAGGUUUUUUAAGUUUUCAACGCUGUGCACCAGAAAUCUGUGAGGAAUCUUCUGCCUGGGGCUCACAGAGGUUGGAUUCGAGCAGUUUCUCUGCCCCCUGGUUUUGGUUUUGCAGGUGGAACACCUCGGGGUUGUUUUAGGGACAGGUUUCUUCAUAUAAUGAGUUGUGGUCCUUAAUCCCUGAUCUGAAAGGGGCACCAUCUUUUCUCUGAAGAUGACACAAAAUGUGAUUUACAUCUCUUACCUUGGGACUUCUCCGAGCUAAUCUGUGAUCCUUCUGCUUUAGGACAGUGUUACCUAAAUUAUGAACCUUAAGUGUUUGCUGAGACUGGGUUUGACCUGGAAACCAGGGCAGAAAAACCAGGAUAACGAAAACAAAACAAGAAUAUGCUGCUGCUGAAAGGAUAAGCAGGAAGAAUAAACACAUCUCACAUGUCCUUAAUUGCAGGAAUUUAGAGAUCAAGCUUCUCUUUGUGAAUUUUUACUGCAUCUUCCUCUCCUAAGAGCUCAGGCUGCAGAUCUUCAGCCCUGUCUUUAAUGUCACUCAGAUAUCAGUAGGCUUGGCUUAAAUAUCAAGCACAAAUAAUGGUGUCUUAGUGGCCUGGACUAAGAGAAAAGCCCAAAUUCUUUUCAGCUUUUUACAGUAGGAGUUAAAAGCUGUCAGGCAGGUUCCUUGGGAAUUCUGACUCUGGCAGAUUGAAUAACCAGAUCCACACCUGGUGUAGCUGAGGAGCAGUGAAAUAUCUGAGCAAUGCUGUCAAAGAGCUCUGAAUGCCCUUUUGGAAUCCUUUUCUUUCUCUUUUACUGUAAUUUCUUUUAGAAUUCGGGGAUCCUCUCAUGGUUUAUGUUUUGCGAUUUUAUCCAGAAUUUAUUUAUUUUUUCUAAAAUACUCCACUGUGAGCCUCCUGUUUCUUUGCUGGGGCAGCUAAAGGUUUUCAAAGGAGGUGAGAUUUUGUCACCUUUCCAGCAGCAAGUUGCUAAGAGCUAUCAAAACUCAGGCUGGGAAGCUUUAGGAGAAAACCCACCACCAAGAGAAAGCCUGUUUGCUUAGGGGUGACCUCCUGUUCCCUGACAAAGGGACAAAACUGAAAUAUACUGUGAAAUCAGACUGUUAAUGCUUCUUCCCUCUGCUGUUCCCAAGUGUUUCACGAAAAGGCAAAUUUGAUGAGCCUUUUUGCCUGGAGCAAGUGCUGGAUCAGAAUUCUGUAGACAGAUUUGGCUGACAAAGAGGGAGCAGUUCCUCCCACUUGAGGCGGUGUUUCUUGAGGGUUUUGGUGUAAAGAUUUUACACUUGGCAAACCUAAAAAACCCAAGAGCCCUCUGAUUUAACCAGGGGUUUUUUUCUGCAUACCUCGUGCUUUUGUUUCAUAUGCUGGAAAAGAGCAACUCAGCUUCUCCCUCUCCUUCAUCCAGCAGUGAAACAGUCCCACUGUGAUGUCAGAUUUAUUUGCCAGAGCUGAUUGUGCUCUCACAAGUGCAGCCAAGGGUUCAUUGCCACACCAGGUAGGAUGAGGAAAGAAGAAACGAGGUUCUUCUUAAAGAAUUCACUUUACUGCUGGCUGCUGAAGAGAGCAAAAGGUAAAGAGACUUCUUUUGAAGUGGUCUGGUCCAAGUUCGUGAUGAAUGUCACCAUGGAAUGUGCUGGUUUUAUUUUCUAUCCCUUCGUUUGGGUGAGUUUCAGUCAUCCCUGUUCCAGGUCACCUGUAAAUCUGAGUUUGUAGUAGCUGAGACAAGACCUUUACAGAAUUCCCUGCUCUACAGCUCCUGUUUUAGUCCAUCUGAGUUAAGGGACAUUGGAGGGACAACUCAGGUGGGUGCCACAUUUGGAGCUGAGCUCCUCUGAAAAUCCUGCUGUGGUUUUGGCUCCUCGGUGCUCUUGAAAACCUGAGCUAAAUGUGGGGCUUGUAAAUUUUGCUGGAACAUUUGGAAAUGCCUCUUCCAGCCUCCCAGGGCUUGUCUUUUGGACUGCUGGAUUUUUGGUGAGUCCAUCCAACACCAAAGGGUGAUAAAGGAGAUGAAGGAGGGACUUUCUGCCUUGAGAGCACCUGGGAAUGAGCCACAGAUCACCCGUGUUUGUUGGGAGACUUGCUUGCUGAUGGAAGCGGGGCAGGAAUGUAAAUAGGGAUCCAAAAUGAUAUUUAAUGACCAGGCCUCCCCAGUUCUGGUCAAGGAAGAUUCCACCUCAUUGUAAAUAUUGGUAGAAGCCACUAGACCUGGAAUAUCAGCUGAGCCUGGUCCUGGCUCGUGCUCCACAAGGUUGGGAAGCUCCUGGCAUGGCCGAGCUCUGCUGACUCUGAGCCUGUGGAGACACUGGGAGCAGGGAAACCCUCGGGAAGUCUGGGUGGUGCAAGAGCUGCAGGAAUGGCUGCAGAGACCUUUUCCUUCACCCUGCUCUCUUUGGUCUUAGAGAUUGUUUCUUGUGUGUCUUGUGCCUAGAGAAUGGAGCUGUCAGGGGUGUGGGGUGGGCGGGGGGCAGCUUUUCCCCAGGGAAAGGCACCACCAAACUCGGGGUUUCCUGUUGAAUUGUCAUUUUUUUGUGCUGCUUUGUUUUCCGUGGAGUCCUUUCAGCCUUUGGAUGUAGAAGAGGGUGUAGUUCAUGUAAAUCCCUUUGCUUGUGCUUCCCACUUCGUUUUCUGGAUGUUUUUUCCCCUGAAAUCUUCCAUUUGUAGACCCAGCCUCUACAAGCUUUGAGAAAAUGAUGUUGGCUGUUUAAAAAGCUUCCUCUGGUGCUUGCUGGAGAAUCAAAAAAUGUCGUUUUUAGGGGAGUUAUUUCUAAUAGAAUCUCGUUCUCAAAGGUUUUUAAAGGCCGUGCAGGUGACAUAUCUUGAAGUCUUAGCUCGUCGUACUUGACUUUGUUUAGGAAUACACAUUUUAAUGUAUUUUUGCACAGAAAUGCACUGUAUUUCACUGAAGGAAUACAUGCUGCACUGGUAUUUGUAGUGCAUUUCACCUCUUGGUGCAAAGCCCUUGUAAAUCUUCCAACUGUGCUCGUUUAAUUUCCUGCUGUUUUGUAAGACAGUUUCAUAACCGAAGUCCUUUAGUCCAGUAACGAUGACAAAUUCUUAUAAACUGAACCUUAUUUGUAGAAGUGACUGAAAUAUAUUUGUGGAUCUUGGAGCAUUCUGGAGUUUUUUGAUUGUCUAGAAAAUAAAACUCUCUGAGAGGGUUGCUUGGA